AUGCGAUCUGUCCAGCUUGCCAUCGCCGCCCUGGCCGGGCUCGUCGCCGCGUUGCCGCAAGAGGCCACCAACAAGCAGUACAAGCGCACCGAGAAUGGCAUCCAGUACAACGUCUUUGAGCACGCUGCCACGGACACCACCCUCAAGUAUGUGUCCAACUCGGGCAUCUGCGAGACGACGCCCGGCGUGAACCAGCACUCUGGCUACCAGACUGUCGGUAACAACCAGCACAUGUGGUGGUGGUUCUUUGAGGCUCGCAACAACUCCAAGACUGCGCCUCUGGCUCUCUGGCUUAAUGGCGGUCCCGGCUGCAGCUCCAUGCUCGGACUUUUCCAGGAGAAUGGCCCUUGCACGUUCAACGACGGCGGCUCGCAGCCCAAGCUGAACCCAUACUCGUGGAACAGCUUCGCAAACAUGCUCUACGUUGACCAGCCCAUCGGCGCCGGCUUCAGCUACGGCGACGUCAACGCGGCCGACUCGACACCGCACGCCGCCCCCGCCGUCUGGAAGAUGGUGCAGGCGUUUCUCUCUCAGUUCCCCGAGUACGAGUCGCGUGACUUUGGUCUUUUUACCGAGUCGUACGGCGGCCACUAUGGCCCCGAGUUCGCGUACUACUUUGAGCAGCAGAACGCCGCCAUUGACGCCGGCACCGUCACUGGCGAAAAGAUUAACCUCGUUGCACUGGGCAUUAACAAUGGCUGGAUCGACCCUAAGAACCAAUACAAGGCAUACAUUGACUUUGCCGUCAAGAACCAGUACCGCCCCCUGCUGAGCGCCGACGACGCCGCGUCCAUCUACGAUGACUGGAAGAACAAGUGCGUGCCCUCGUACGACGGCUGCACCGACGAUGCCAGCACCGACGACACCUGCGCGCAGGCUGGCAACAUGUGCAGUGAGUAUGUUGAGAGCCCGCUCGAGCAGCUGGCCCAGUUUGACGCGUACGACAUUCGCGCCGACAGCGACACCUUCCCGCCCAGCAGCUUUGUGAGCUACCUCACUAGCGCAUCCGUCAAGAAGGCAAUUGGCGCUACAUCCAACUUUUCUUCCUGUGGAUCAACCGCCAUUGGCGGUGAUGACAGCGCUCGCUCGUUCCUCACGCCUCUGACCGAAGUAAUCAAGUCGAACGUCAAUGUCCUGGUUUGGGCUGGCGAUGCUGACUGGAUCUGCAACUGGAUGGGCAACUACGACGCCGUUCAGUCGAUUGCGCCUCAAGCGUUUGUCUCGGCCGAAAUCCAGGACUACACUGUCGGCGGCAAAAAGUACGGCGAGUACAAGACGGCGGGCAACCUGAAUUGGCUGCGCGUCUAUGAGGCUGGUCACGAGGUGCCCGCGUACCAGCCCGAGGCGGCGCUUGCUGCCUUUACCUCGAUCAUGUCGAAGCAGAGCCUCAAGUCGACUUAG